GGCGUCUCUGCGCCAUUUCCCAUUCAGACUCCGGCAGUCGCUCAUUGAUGUAUAUAUUCGCUUAUCGCUGUCGAUAAAGGGCAUCUCUUAUCGUUUUUUUGUGUUGCUAGUCAUCUUCAUCUGUGCUACCAUGUCUCAACAAUUUUGUCUAAAAUGGAACAACCACAUGAACAACAUGAUGGAUGUGUUCAAGAAUCUUUUAUCUACAGAGUCAAUGGUUGACGUGACACUUGCCUGUGAUGGGCUGAGCUUAAAAGCGCACAAAAUGGUUCUCUCUGCAUGUAGUCCUUUCUUCCAGUCUUUGUUUCUAGAGAAUCCAUGCAAGCACCCUAUUGUGAUACUUAAAGACAUGAAAUAUACAGAACUCAAGGCUAUUAUUGAGUUUAUGUAUCAUGGUGAAGUGAAUGUUGCUCAGGAGCAACUAUCGGCCCUUAUGAAAACAGCAGAGACGUUAAGAGUCAAAGGGCUAGCUGAAAUGCCAAAUGAAAAGAACUCAUCUUCUAGUGCUCAGGAUGAACCAAGUCACCGAUCUGUACCUCGAACAGAAACACCGCCGCCAAGCAAACGUAGGAGAGGUAGAGUUAGAAAACGGUCUUUAAGCGACUCGAAUCGCAGUGACGAUUCGAAUGAUCACAAAAUUAAACAACCUCAUUCUCCAGAUAUUGAGGAGUUAUCGGGUGAUGUUACAAUGGACAAUACUAGUGGACAGUUUUCAAACUUACAAUCUCAGGUGCCUAUGCAAUCGCUGCCAUCCCAUAGUAACUCUUACCAAAAAGCUACAUCUGUGGUGUCUCAAGAUCCUCAAAUAGAGGAGCCUGCAUCAGCAGAUGAAAGUGAGUUUGGGGUGGAGCCUGCAAAAUUACUAGAACAAACCUUAACAACAGACGAUCUCCAAAAUCGGAGAAGUAGAGCAGCAAUGUCCUCUAGUAUGGAAAUGCAGAGGAGGCCUAGGAGUAGCACAGAUCAUUCCUCAAAUUUAGUCCCUACAUCAAUGUCAUCAGACACUUCUAUGAGUGCGAAUCAACAACCAGAAAGUCCACCAGAUAUCAAACCUGAACUAUUAGAAUUAGACCCACCUAUGUCACCAGUUGCGGGCCCAUCUCAUAGUACUGAUAAUUCUAUGAUGAUGUAUAUGGACCAAUCUAGUGUUUCUUCACAUCCAGGUACUAGUUUCCAAGACAAUUCUGCUCUUGUUCCACAGGAUUCUCAACCUCAAGGUAAAUAUAAUGUCGAGUUGGAUUGUAAUGUCUUUUUAAGAAAAAGCUACACCAAUUUAAUAUUAAUUGAAAAUUGAUAAAACAAUUUGGUCGGAGACGACCCAUGAUUAGUUCAAUUUUGCAUAUGUAAGUAAUUUCUGCAAGUAUUUAGCAUUAUGCUGGAUUUCCUUAAAAAUUAAAUUAGUGUAGCUUUGAUUAAUCACUUAAUGAGUCUAGGCAGUUUCAUUACCUGGAUUCAUAGUAUUGAUUGUCUAAGCAUUAAGUAAUAUUUACUUAAUGGCUAGAUGACUUAAUAAAUUUGUUGUAAAAUAUCACUAGCUUGAAGACUUCUAACUACACCAGCUGCUGAAAUAUAGACAAUUUUAAAUUUGACAUUUUAUUUUAAUCUUAAAUAUUUUAAGCUAGUGGUAUUUUAGUGUAAGUAUAUUGAUAUUAAUUGUAGUUAAGUAUAUUGGUAUUGGAAGUUUAUUUCUUUUGUAUAAUUGCUAUGAUUAAUUGUUUGCUCGCCGCCUGAGAUUUUCAGUAUUGCGUUUCGCGUUCCCGCUUUCGUUUCUGAUGUGUUAAUAUUACCGCUCCUGCCGUUCUAAGAAGACAUCUAUGAAGAGGACCUCUAUACUUAAAUUUACGGUGAGUUAACUUUCAUUCCUUCUAUUUAUAUUGUAUAGUUAAGUGUUUCUAUAUGUGUAGUCAUUGGUAAGGUGACUAAAAUGUGAAGGGUAUACAAGGUUUCUCUUUCAGGUUCUAUAGAAUUGUAUUUAUUUGUAAAUGUUGUAACUAAUGUAUGAAUGUAUGUACUCUUGGUGGUAUUAAAUCUCCAUGAAGUGUUUGUACAGCAUUUUAUGCUCCUGGAGAUUCGUCUGUAAAAACGAUUGUAAAUCUUAUUCUCAUUAUUGUUAAUAAACAUUUUUUUGUGUAUUAA